AUGGAGUACCAUAUUCAGUUCAUGUAUGCUUUACUAAAUGUGGACACUGGUGUGGGCAAAUCAAGUAUUGUGUGGAGAUUUGUAGAAGACAGCUUUGAUCCCAACAUCAAUCCAACAAUAGGAGCCUCAUUUAUGACCAAGACUGUACAGUAUCAAAAUGAGUUGCAUAAAUUCCUAAUUUGGGAUACAGCUGGACAGGAGCGGUUCCGUGCUUUAGCCCCAAUGUACUACAGAGGAUCAGCUGCAGCCAUUAUAGUUUAUGACAUCACAAAAGAGGAAACUUUCUCAACAUUAAAGAACUGGGUGAAAGAACUUCGACAACACGGACCUCCAAACAUUGUUGUUGCUAUUGCAGGAAAUAAGUGUGACCUUAAUGAUGUAAGAGAAGUCAUGGAAAAAGAUGCUAAAGACUAUGCAGAUUCCAUCCAUGCAAUAUUUGUAGAAACAAGUGCGAAAAAUGCAAUAAACAUUAAUGAACUCUUUAUAGAAAUUAGUCGUAGAAUUCCAUCAACUGACACCAACCCCCCUUCUAGUGGUAAGGGCUUCAAACUUAGAAGACAGCCAUCGGUGACAAAGCGCAGCUGCUGUUGACUGAUCCCUUAGAAAAUCAGACUUGUUUAUACAGUAGGUGGUCUUGGAAGUUGAUAGUUCAUGUUGGGUUUAUGUUAUCAGUCUUAGAUCUUUAUCUGCUGGUGUUCAUACGCCCAAGGUCCCACAAAAAUGGGCCAGUUCAUCUGACAUCUGUGUGCUCGCAGAAAAGACUGCAAUCAUAAUGUCAGCCUGUUUACUUACAAAAUGUGUAGUAUCCCUUGUAUUCAAAGGGAAUCCAUCAUCACUCUUUUGGCCUUGCUUGAAAAGAAGGUGACUAUAUGGAUGGCAGAACUGAUGUGUGUAAUAGUUUUGUAAUCAAGAUUUUGUUUUUUUGUAAAAAGGGAAAUGAGCACUUUUGCCGGACUUGGGGGUGGAAAUUCAAAAGUUAGUCAGAUGGCAUUUCUUCCUUUUCUUCAGUGAGCCUUAUUUUAAAUGUAAUUGUAGCUAAUCCAAAGUAUAAUGGAACAGUUAGUUUGAGGUGGCUACAAAAUAAGCAACUGAAGACAGAUAAUGAGCAAAUCAGUCCAUCCAGUCCCCAAAUCCCAUUUGCACUUUUUAUUUAAAGAUACUAUGUGGGGCAGGGGGAACACAAGCAACAGAUUUUAAACCACGGACAAUCUUUUUCUCAUGCUGACUCUAAUCACUUUAAGACAAACUGAUAUGCUUUAGGCAUCUUUCUGUUUUUACAAGCUUUUUUUAAUAUUAAGAUGUUGGUAGAAGAAAACCUAGCUGUAAUUCUGACUAAAUUAAGUGGUUACUGACUAAAAACAGAUGCUGUCAAUAGUUCUGGUAAGACUUAAAAGGUUUGGGGGAAAGCUUUUAACUGCUUGGCAUGUGUAAAGUGUUCAUAUUAUAUUUAUGAGACCAAUGUUUAAAAUAUAAAUUAUGUAAAAACAGUAAAAUAAUUCAGUUUUAUUCACUCCUUCCAUUCCACACCUAUGGAUAAACUCCUGAGGUUCACCACCAAUUUUUUUUUUUUUUUUCCCCUGCAUAUUACGUCUUAUCUCUGUCAGUGACUUCACCCAGAGGCGGGGUGAAAUUCAUUCUUUAGAUCACAUUUGAAAAGGCCAAUAGAGGCUACUGUUGGUGCAGUGUGAGGCCUGCCGGAGCAAGUAUUCAUCUGUGGUGCACCAAGUCUUUCCUGUUUUGGGUGCAAAAAUACAAAUAAGAACUAAACUGAAGUCAUACGGUAAUGUAGAUCGUUACCUGUUGAUUCCUGGGCUUUUUCAUCUGUGAGUGAUUUUUUAGCAAAUCAGCUUUUUGCCUAUACUGUGCUGUUUUUAGUACGCUUUCAAUUAAACUAUAGAUUGACCAUAUCUUACUGUGCUAUUUUAUUUAUUUUUUUUUUCACCUACCAGCACUAGUGAGGAAUUUCAUACUUUUGAAGAAAGAGCUUGCUAAACUCAAGUAUAUACUAAAACAUACUGUUUAGCUUUAGUAUCAAAAUGAACUCAUGUUGAUGAUGCUUGUUCUGUUUGUGGUUUGGCUUUCUGUCAUCUCAAGUAUUUCUCUGAAGGACAGGUCAAAGAAUGAAAGAACUUCUACUUCAGACUAGUUUGUGUUAUUCAAAAUUCUUGUAGAGCUAUUCUGGAGCAAAACAGUAAACCAUUACAGUGAGAGAUUUUGAGUAGAUCCGUACACUUCAAUGGAAUUUGGUGACUACAUUUUUCAUUAUGCCUUUUACUUACAGCUGCAAAGUCAAGUAUGCCCUUUCUUUGCCACAGUUAUACAGGCUUCAUACAUAUAGAAUGCCUAAGAAACAUACCUUCAAGUAAAGGCUGUUUGAAGCCCCUUUGGAAACACUGGGCCUUAACAAAGCAUCUUAUAGGAGAGAUUUAUGUUCAGUAUUCAGCCUGUUAUACAAUUUUUUUGGUGUUAUUUGAACCAAAUAAAUUAUGAACAGAAAAAUUUGGUACUCUUACAAAAUAUUUAGUGGAAGUAUAACUAAUAAAUAGAAUAAGCUUGUUCUUGAACCUAUCAUUUUUAAGUUAAAAAUGUAGAUUAGCAAUUGAAUGCAUAAUAUUCGUAAUUAUUUGAGCAACUUGCACAGUGGCAGUCAUGAAAAUCUCUAAUUUCUUUAAAAAGUCCCACUUCCUCUUUCUGGCAAGUUUUUAAAAAAUGCAUGGUCGUCUACUUACUAAACUAGGUUUAAAAACAUUUUUGAAGCUAGUUUAAAAUAGAUCUCAAAUGCUGUACUCUUGAGACACUUCUGUAUUGUAAAGCAGAAUUUCUUUCAAAAUAACAGAAGAUUAUUUUGGAGUGGUGGUUUGUGUGCACUUGACAGAUUCAGACCAUACCAUGAUAACUUCAUAAUCCUGUGUCAUCACUUCAGAUCUCUAACUCCUUUCUGUAACUUACAAGUUACUGUGUUUUGGGCAAGUUUAUAAAAAGAGAUUCUGUAUGUACUUACAGUUCGUUCUCUACAACUACUAUGACCUUGCUACUGCUUAACUUUCAGUAGUUACAUUCUGUCUUUUUUUUUUUUACUCCAGCAUGCCAUUGCUGUUCACCACUUCAGAAGUCUAUUCUGUACUGAAAAACUGAGCGCUUUAGUGUCUUAACUAUGAUACAGAAAAUACUGUGUUUAAUAGAGCUUGUUAGCAAGAAAAUCUCCAGAUUUAUUAAACUUGGAAGUAUCGUAGUCGGAGAAGGAAAGUCUGGUAUCAAAAAUAUUUUUCAUGCAGAUUAGUAGAACAAGGAAAUUCAAACUUUGUCUGGAAAUUAUCAUUGUUGUCUAUUAGCAUGGGAUAAAAAUGGACUUUCAAGUCUGCUUUCCAGUGAGAGGAAUAAUUGGUUUAAUAGUAUUUGUUCAAUCUUGCAUUGACUGGAGAAGGAAGCCUUUGACAUUAGGCUAGACUGAGAGCUAGGCUAGUAUUGAGAUUUUUGAAGUUGUCUCUCUCAGGGGGGAGAUACCCAUCUCUUAGGAAAUCACAGAAUGGUUGAGGUUGAAAGGGAGAACAUUUAGUCCAACUCCCUGCUCAAGCAGGGUCUGCUAGAG